CUUGCUUUGGCAAUCCUUGUGAUGGAGUAUGGAGGGGCUGUAGAAAUCAUUCAAAGCAACCCAUGCCAUAUCCUUGUGACGUGUGUGGGAACUAAACAUAGGAAACUUCAUUAUGUGCGGGUAGAUUGUUUCAAUUUCAGAACGAUGAAGAUAGUUAUUUUAAUGGUGCACCUUAUUGGCCUCGCCUUCGGUCAGUAUCAGUGGACAAUAUUCGACCAGGAGCACGUGAACCUUUGCAGCGAAAGUUACAGCUGCGGCGGGCGUACUCACACCAUGUGUUACAAGGCUAACGAAACGCAUCCGAGAUGCCGCAGGUUCGAACCGAUCCGUCUGAGCGAGGCAAGCAUCAAGAGCUUCAUGAUGGGACACAAUGGAUUGCGGAACAAGGUCGCAACGGAUCCCCGGCGGCCGGCGACGGAUAUGCAGUUUCUGCACUGGGACCGGGAUCUUCAAUCCAUGGCGGAGCGUUGGGUUCGCCAGUGCAUCGUCGGGUACGAUGAGUGUGAUUUCAUCGGUAACCCCUCCUUUCCGAUCGGCCAGAACGUUUUCUUCCAUCCCAAACCGAUACUGCAGCACUGGGAAGCGCUCGCACUCAGUACGUGGUUCGCCGAAAAGGACCGACCGGGCAGCAGCAACCUGUCCGUCGGUCGGCUGCAGAGCGCCGGGGUGUCCAACUACACGCAACUCAUCUGGGCCCGGACCCAGUUUGUGGGUUGCGGUGCGGCCAGCAUGUACGGCGGCCAUCUGAUCGUCUGCUACUACCAUCCCAGGGGCAACGUCGUCGGCCAGCCGGUGUACACGGUGGGCCGGCGUGCCUGUACCGGCUGCCCGCAGGAGCGUGCGGCCUGUUCGCACGUGUUCCGAGGGCUGUGUGGAAUUGACGAUAAACAUUCUGCGGGACAGCGAACGUACGCGCACAACGCAUUGCUGGUGCUGAUGAUGAUGAUGUUUAUUGCCACCGUUUGGAGUACCGGGUCGAUCGGCUGGAAGAGCGAAAGGAUGUGAGAACAGGCGCACGCGAAAAUGGGGGAGCACACAAAGAACGCAAACUGGCUGGUGAGUUAAUUAAAUGAAGCGAGCAAAUUAAAAAACAAACCUCCACCAAACACACACACACACACACACUGCCACGGAAUGAAGUUAUAAAAAAGUCAUUAAGUUGACACGUUUACAAUCUGCAAA